AUGUAUAUUAUAGGGAGCAGUUAAAGUAGUCACAUUACCUACGAAACUAGAGAAAUGCUAGAUUUAUUUGGAGUACAAGCAAUAAAAAGUAGUUUUCCAUAAUAAUNAGCCCUUAAAUAGUUUAUAAUUACCUUAGCAAUAAAAAAACAAUUUUGGGUUAGUGAGUCCAAUAAUAGAAUUUAAAUCUAUUAGAAAAGGAUAGAAAUCCACAGCUUCUCCAAAUCAGGAAACUAAUAAAAAAAUUGAAAUUUUACAAGUAAAUUUAAUGAAUAAAGAAUAGAAUAAAUUAAAAAAAAUAAAAAUAGAUGAUAAAGAACACAAUAAUAAAGAGAUUACUUUAACAAUUAUAAAAGUUGGAGAUGAUCAUAAAAUAAAAAUUGAGUAUAAUCAUCUAUAUAAAUAGGCCUGAUCUCUUCGACGGAUUAAUUGAAAAAUAGAAAACAAAAAAAGAGGAUAAUUUAGUAAGACUAGAAUGUAAGAAAGAAUAGGAUAUACAUGAAUUAGUACUAGAAUUUGAUGAUGAAAAAGAUUUUGAAUAAUUUAAUUUAUGA